AUGGCAUUAACAAUCACGGAAGCUCAGGCGGAGCUGAUUCGGUCCCUUGCGCCCGACGAUAUUCCAAUCAAGUUGCGAUGCGCGAUCUGUAGUAAGCUCGCGGUCAACGCCUACCGUCUUCCUUGUUGCGAACAGGCAAUAUGCGAAUCUUGUCAAUCCAAUCUACCCGCGUCGUGUCCUGUUUGCGAACACUCACCCUUGUCCGCCGAGGACUGCAAUCCCAAUAAAUCAUUGAGGACCACAAUCAGGGUCUUCCUGCGCACUGCGGAGAAGAAACGCGAGGCAAGCCGACCGAAGGAAGACAAAAACUCAGAACCAGCGACGCCGGUUGAGGCGCCUAAACAGAAUCUCCCUACAACCGAAACAUCUGCCAUCGAGACACCCAUAGAACAGAUUUCGGGGGGCGACACGCCAUCAUCAGUACAGGUCUAUAGCGCCGAGAGGGUUAAUGAAGGCGCUCCUGCUCCACGCGUAGUCCAGGAGAAUAUUACUCAUCAUGACGACACUCCUGCCGCUGAGAGUCCGAAGCAAGUUGAGGCAGGUGAUGCUCAGGGCGCACCUGCCGACGGCAGUAUAGAGGACGCGCCCAUCGAAAACAAAUCCGACGAGCAAACUCUUGCAACACAAAAUGGCGAAGGAGGAAUCAACGGCGUCGACGGAGAAAACGAACAACAAAUGGAGGCCGAAAACGACAAGGACCAAGAUCAAGACCACGAUCAAGAGAAGCCCGAUUCAGACUCAAUGAAUGGCAAUUUUCCGAAUGGCUCAUUCUCCAACUCCGGUGACUUCAACCAGAUGCAGAUGAUGAUGGCUAUGCAGAACGGAAUGGCGCCAAACUCAUUCGGUGGCUUUCCCAUGAUGGGUAUGCCGGGCAUGGGCAUGGACCCAAUGACGAUGCAGAGCAUGUACAUGAACGGUGGCUUUCAAGGCAUGGCAAUGAACGGCAUGGGCGGUUUUGGAGGUGGAUUUGGCCAAGGCUCCAAUAAUAACUGGAACGGUUCACAGUCGUGGAAUUUCGACCAGAAUAAUUACAAUCAAAAUGGUCCUGGCAUGGGAACUGGUGACUUUGGAGGCUUUAACUCAGGAUUCCAGACAGGAUACAAUCAAGGUAAUUAUGGUCAAUUCAAUGACUAUCGCCGCAACACUUUCGGACGUGGUCGAGGCCGUGGCCGUGGGUACUACGGAGGAUAUGGCCGUGGAGGUUACCAGUUCGGAGGCAACCCAAACUAUCACGAUCAGACACAAGGCCAAUUUCCGCAGGUUGGGCCCGGUCAGAAUGGUCAGAACGGUGUCGAUCAGGGUGAUGGCCAGCAGCAUGUUGAUGAAAGCGGUCAGCCCAUUCAGGGCGAUAGCGCUGAGGGCCAUGUUGAUGCCGGACAAGCUGAUGGAUCCAGUGAGGCCAUAGGCAAUGCGGAUGCCGCUACCGGUGAUGCUUCCUCUACAACACGUAAUACGGGACCUGGGAACUCAGACCUUGCUCAGGGUAAUGUUUCCGGUGCUGUUCGUCCAGUUGCAGCCGCUGAUGUUCCUUUGAAUGCGCCUACUGGGCCCAAGGCUAUGAGACAGGGGCUCCCUAACACAAGUCUUCAUCAUCUUCGAGCACGCGGUUACCAGGUGGGAAGUGAAGUCCCUCCCUCUAAACCGGUUGGAAUGAGAGAUAGCCCAGCAGACCGAGGCCGAUCCCGGUCCAGGAGUAGUUCUCCAGCUCCAGUUCCUACUGACGCUCGUGAAAAGGACAAGGAUCGUGACACCCGUCAUGAGCAGAGCAAAGAGCGACCUCGCGACCAUGACAAACGCGACCGAGACCGAGACCAUGACCAUGACCAUGACCAAAGAGGAUCAGCAUCUCGAACCGUCAGCAGAAGUCGUAGUCGCAGCAGGGGACAUCGAAGCUCCCGUCGACGUAGGCGUCAUCGCUCAGAGUCUGUUGAGGACGAAGGCUAUGAUGACGAUUCGCGACGCAAGAAGCAUAGAAGCCGGCGUCACUUUCACGACGAUGAAGAGUCUUCACGGUCCAAGGAGAAGGAUAAGGAUGAAAAAUAUACUGACCGGAACCGUUCCGCAUCGCCAGCUGAAUCCAAAAGAUCAAGCCACCGCAGCCGUCGAGAUAGAGACUCGGACAAGCGGAGGGAUCGAGAAAAAGACAAAGAUGACGAUCGCAAAAAGUCCAACCACCGCCCCUCCCAGCGGGAUAGAGACUACGACCGCGACCGCCGACGGGAAAAGGACAGAGAUCGCAAAGAUCGACAUCGGGACAGGGACAGACGCGAUCGCGACCGCGACCGUAACCGAGAAAAAGAAAAAGAAAAGGACAAGGGUCGGGAAAGUGGCAGGGACCGGGACAGAGAACGGGACCGCGAUCGAGGAUCUAGAUAUAGCAGCAGACGCGAGUCGAUUGAUGCUGGAGACUCGAAGCCUAUUUCUGGUCCUCGCGGUCACGACACGAAAGUGAAGACCAGCUCUUCGAAUCGCAACGAGCACUCUGGAAAGGACCCACACACGCUCGAGCGAGAGGCUCGGGAUCGCGAGCGUUUGCUCAAAGAAGCGCAACGUAUCGCUGGUAUGGCGGGUUGGAAACGUAACCGGGGCGAUGACGGCGACGAUGCAGGGUCGCGCAAAGGCCGUCGGACCGGCUCGUCAACGUCUGCUGCUGCAUCACGUCGAAACGAAGUUAUCAAUGGUGGUGACGAGGAGGAGAGAAUGCGAAGACUCGAGGCAGAAAGGGAGGGUGAUCGAUGGGGUUAG